CGCCUUCAGCAGACGACCCACUUUUAGACUGAAUAGACUAUUCUGCUGCUCCUUCUGUCAUCACUGUGUUUACCACGGGGGUCUGAAGCUCAAGCUCAUAUCCCAACUCACUACUUCACACUUUAUUUAAGAUUACAGCAGACUGGGUGAACAUGUAGAGAUGGAUUUUAUGAAGCUGUUUGGCACCGUUAUAGCCGUUUUUUUCCACCCUGGAUCCGCUUCUAAACUAAAUGGCCAAAGAAUAUGUCGGAGCGGGACACAGCGCCCAUGUUACAAGGCGUCCUACAUCCACGACAGCAGGCGAAGGCUGACCUUUGAGGAUGCCAGACAGGCCUGCAGGUUGGACGGAGGCGAGCUGCUGAGCAUUGAGACGGAAAGCGAGCAGCGACUGAUAGAGAGGUACAUACAAAAGCUGGGGGCUGGUGAUGGCGACUUCUGGAUCGGGCUCCGCCGCAACCCACAACAUUACACUGCCGGGACAACAAGCCCAGGUUGCCCCUCACAGUAUUACUGGCUUGAUGGAAGCAAGGCCAAGUUCAGGAAUUGGCACUGGGAUGAGCCAUCGUGCGGUAAGGAAAUGUGCGUGGUUUUGUAUCACCAGCCCUCCUCAAUACCUGAGGGUCGUUUCCUGUUCCAGUGGAAUGAUGACUACUGCAGCUCCAAGAACAACUUUGUCUGCAAAUACCCGGAAGAAAAAGUACCAGUUUUUACUGAGGACAGAAACACAGCAUAUGCAGUAUCAUCUUUGAUUCCAAACAUAUUUUCAACCACGGAAAGUAAUGACAGGAUAAAAAUAGGACUACCUGAAUCAUCAGUAUCAUUCUCCAACAACACCCUGUAUGUUUCCUACAUCCUUUAUGCGACAAUCCCUGUGCUACUGUUGCUGUUGUUUGCAGUUGCUGGUUUCUUUUGCUACAAACAACAUGCUAAGAGGAGGAAGACAGAAACAGAAAGCUAUCCCAGCAGAUCAAAACAGUGGGUCGUAACAACAGCUUCAUCUUGCCCUGUGCAAGGACCUUAUGCCUACAGUGACAUUACCAAACUGCCUCACACUGCUCUGGACAGCAGGAUAUCAGCAGAAAUCAUGACAAAGUACUCCUGUGCUCCAUCCCAUGACUCGCAGUAUAACGAUUAUGAGAAUGUGUCAUGUGUGGACAAUGAGAGCGGCUUUGUGACCAAUGACAUCUAUGAGCCCUGUAGAGCUCAAAGCCGGCGCUGCCGCAGUCAGACUGGAUGGGUGGAAAACGAGAUCUAUGGAUAACAUUGGUGUCUACACAUGUCCUUCAGCCUCAGACAGACUACAGUUACCUGUGUGAUGGGGGAUUUCUGAACAGCUUGGCCUUUUCUGCACAGGUUUCACUAGAUUUCCAGUGCUACAUGCUCGACAUACUUUGACUACAAAUCAGUGUAUUUCAUAAACCAGGGAUUCUCAAAGUUUUGUCAACUCCAAUGACUUCAUAUUCUUCUGCAUAUGUUUAUAUUUUUCUGAUGUUUAAAAUAAAAUGUGUUAUAGCCAUACUAGUGGCAUUGUUAGCUCCAUGAAUCACCAUGCUAACAUGCCAAGAAAGGCCGCUGACAACAUAACGUGCAGCAGGUACAUUGUUUUCCAUGUUCACCAUCGUAGUAUGGAUGCCCAAAAUUGCAGACUAGUUCUACACACU